CAGGAAGGAGCUAUGAUUCGGCCUGGCUGGAGAAAAGGGCCCCUGUAGCCUGUGAGAGAUGGGGCUGGUUGUGCAGGUGUCAGGGGGAGUCCUGCUGAUCCUGAUGUGCUGGAAGUGUCCAGGGAAAUGGGGGUGCAAUUGGAAGGAGAGAGACUGGUGAAGUUCGUGGCUGAGCUUGAUCCGCCGCCGGCUACCUCUAGUACAUAGCAGUUCAUCUGGGAAGGCCUUCCACAAGCUAGAGCUAGUAAAUAUCCGCACGGCACAGCCCUCAUCCCCUCAGGAAUGUCCCUGCUGACUGCCCCUCCAGCCGUCCUGCUGUCGGCUACCCGCAGCUGGUAUCACGUUCUCUCCCGGAGAUGGUCACAACGAAUAACCUUUCUUAAGAAAACUUUGCAUAUGCCACGCUUUGCCACACGCCGGCCGGUCACGGCGACCCGCGGCGCACUCCCCGCGGGGCAGCCCCGGGCCGACCGGCAGAGGAAGCAUCGGAUUCCGCUGCCCGCCUUCCCUUUCCCUUUCCUCUUUCGCCGUCCCUCUUCCCCCUUCUCCUUCCGGGCAGCCGCGCAGCCGCAGCCGCGGCGCCGGGGCCGGAGCGCUCCGAGCGCCGCUGGUGCCGACCCGGGCCCGGGCCCCGCCGGGGCCAUGGCGCGCUGCCCGCGCCGGGCGCUGGGCGCGGCGGGGCCGCUGCUGCCGCUGCUCUGCGCGCUGCUCCGCGCCGCCGCCGACACCAGCACCGGCCGGGGUUGGUUAAAAACUUAUGGCUACUUACUUCCAUCUGACAGCCAAAUGUCUCCCUUGCAGUCAGGAAAAGCUGUGCAGUCUGCAGUUGCCACUAUGCAACAGUUUUAUGGAAUCCCAGUAACAGGAGUUUUGGACCAGACAACUAUUGAGUGGAUGAAGAAGCCUCGCUGUGGAGUUCCGGAUCAUCCCCACCUGCGCCGCAGCCGGAGGAAAAAGCGGUAUGCACUCACGGGCCAGAAGUGGAGACAGAAGCACAUAACCUACAGUGUCCACAACUACACCCCCAAGGUUGGCGAGAUUGAUACGAGGAGAGCCAUUCGUCAGGCCUUUGAUGUUUGGCAGAGAGUGACACCACUUACCUUUGAAGAGGUUCCUUACCAUGAAAUUAAGAAUGACAGAAAGGAGGCAGAUAUUAUGAUCUUUUUUGCUUCUGGUUUCCACGGAGACAGUUCUCCAUUUGAUGGAGAAGGUGGAUUCCUGGCUCAUGCUUACUUUCCUGGACCAGGAAUUGGAGGAGACACUCACUUUGACUCAGAUGAGCCAUGGACCCUGGGAAAUUCUAAUCAUGAUGGCUUUUGACAGUGUUGUUGAAAAUGAGCAUCAGCGUUUUCCAGAGCAAAAACCAGAGCUGCUUUGAAGUUACUCACGUGUCCCUUAGCACAGAAGACCUGGAAGGCUUUCACGUACACGUUGGAAGUCAAGUGGGGCAUAAAUUGUAUUAAAAUUUCAAUUUAUUCUCUCAGGCCUUUUGAUGAUACAUCACCAGGUCAUACUGUUGCUUGGUAUUUUGUUCAUUGAAGACCGGUUCUGUGUUUAAUCUCCAGGACAUACCUACUUAACGCUGGUUUCAUCCUGUAGCUGCUUGGAGAGAGACUCCAUCCCAUAAGCCGGAGCUCUCUCACAUCCUGUGCUAAUGUUGAACAGAUUUGAGCAAGGAUAUAGACACAUGAUUUCAAGAAAGCCAGCCACAGUAAAAAGAAAUCAAAUCAGGCAGCUUAAAUCAGCAGCAGUUUGAGAUUGCACCCCUGUCCUGUCAACCUGAAGGAGAAGAGAGGAAGCCCAUCAGCACAUGGGGAAGAUUUCUGUCUUCAGAUUCUCCUCUCCACCCCUGGACAGCCUCUCUAGAGUGAAAUACUCUGGGAUUCACAGGAAAGAGCCAGUAAGAACCAAAAUGGUGUGUCAUUCCCUUAAAAAGGAAGGGAAAAAAAAGUGUGAAAAAAAACAGGUCACAAGAAUCAAGAUAGAAAAGCUGUUUUCCACAGAAUUCCACAGAGCACUAUCACCCUUUCUUCAGGGUCUUCAGAAGAUUGGAAAGCUUUCCUUGAGCAGAGCGUGUCGUGGAGGUGAAUGGAGGAGCACAGACAAAUCACAUGUUCUUCUGCUGGACAGCUCAGACCUACCUCAGGUCUGAAGAUGCAAGAACCAAGGCAUAGCUUAGAGUAGCCCUAAAGCUUCUUUAAGUUGUGCUUGGGCAACAGUUGUCUCUACAUGGCUGUUGGGGUAGAAGGAACAUAAGCAUGUUUAGUUCACGCCAUCUCCUCUGUAACUACCUGAGGCAUGCUAUUGUCACACACAGUCAAUCAUCUGACUUCUUAAGGAUCAUUUUUACUUUAAUAAAAUUUCAAAAUACAA